CCCCGCCCGACGGCGACAUGGCCACCACCGGCCACGACCACGUCACGCCGGCGGCGGCCGCGGCCGCGGCGGGCGAGGAUACGCCGCUGCGGAAGGGGGAACAGGGCGCGGGGACCACGGCGCCCGACGGCUGGACCAACAAGGUCCGCGCGAUUUUCUUUUCCCGCUUGCUUCCGUCCAGCUUUACCUACCUACCUACCUAGAUCGGAAUUUCCGGGCUCGCCUCAGCUCGAGUUUCAGGGUUUCUUUCUACUCGGUGUGUGUGUCGAGGGGGACUUUGCCUGUGCGCGUUUCUAGGGUUUCUCCGGCCCACGCUAUUCGGGGGUUCCGCCUGUUGACUAACCAGUCAAGGAUGUAUGCUAGUAGUUCGCUUUUGUCCACAGUGUAUGAUAGUUUGGUUCUGUGACUGAUAGUCCAUUCCUGAUGUAUGAUUGUUUGCUUAUUAACAGGCAGUUCAUUUAGGGAGGGUUCAUCUUACGUAUUGGUAGGGGUCGGAGCUUGCUAUAUCUAUGUUUAGUUUAACUUGUACUCUUUCAGUGCAUGGGGAAGAGCUCAAUUCCAGCAAACACAUCUUUUGUGUGUGUGUGUAUCUCAGAUGAUAUCUUAUCAGGUUUGUGUUGAGGGCUCAACACAUGACUUAAGCUGUAGGGGUGAGCAUGUGUUGCGAUGUUUGAGCUUUUCACCCAGAAUCAUACCCACCUUAGCUAGCAGCAGAUUAUAGCGGUUCUAACAUUUCUCUAGUGUGAAUCCUGGUACUAACAUUUCUCUAGUGUGAAUCCUGAUAACAUUUCUCUAGCGUGAGUCCUGGUAACCAACCAGUUGCAGCCAUUUAAUCCUGCUCCAGUUUGUGUGGCUUUAUCUUAUUUGUCCUAGUGUAGGUCUCAUGACCUCAGUUUAUAUACUUCACCAAAUACAGCUGUACGGGUUUAUCUGCUUCACCAAAUAACUAUUUGUUAGUAACGUAUGUGGGUCACUAGUUGUGUUGCAUAGUUAUAUUAAGAUGCUAUUUCUGGUGGCUGAUCGACCAACCACCCGUCGAUCCAUGGUGUGAUUGAGGAAGUAGUACGAAUAGAUUCAGGACACGCGAGUAAAACCGCAGCGGAUUUGCGCAAAAAGUGAAACCAUAGCAGAUUCGGGAAAGGCAUACGGGGAAACGGGGAGAUGCCCCGAAACGAGCAGGACGUGUUCGUGGAAACACGGGAGGGACCAAACGAUCGGCGAACCGAGUGCUCCAGCGAGCGCGGCACUGCGUCGAGCAGCAGCGGCGCAUACGGUAGAUGGUGCCGCUACGCGUACCUGCUGCUGCUACGCCGAGCGAGUGAGCGGUAAAAAGAAGGGGAAAGCCUCGAAAAGCAGCGAAAAAACCAGCAGAAAUGGGAGGGGAUGGGGGAGAGGAAACUCCAUGCUUUCGCGGCCAGAUCAAAGCAGCUUUACGCCUGCCAUGGAUUCGCGUAGCCGUGGCCCUCGGGUACGAACCGAUCCGCUAUGCCGUGUGCAUGCGCCUCACAGGCCCCAAGAGACGAAAAAACAGACCAACUAGGAGGAGAAAAAUCACUCUGCUUUCGAAAUCAACCACCGCACAAGGAUCGGAGCACGGAUCUACCGCAGAAAACCGCAGGAAACGCAGGGGCAGGAGAUCGGGAUUUCGGAAAACACCAGAGCACGUACUGAACGUGCUGCUGCCGCCGCCGCCGCUGCUUCGGAGGAGGAGAAGCGGCGCGCGUCAGAUUGACAGGAGAUAGGGGUGGAAUGGGGGGCGAGAUUUUGCGGUGGAAUGAAUAAUUAGGAAGUGGGUUCGCUGGGGCGGAUCCAAAAGGUGGGAGAUUUUGGGGUUGCUACACCAGUGAGUUCAUCAUCGCGGGGGUUCUGGGUUUGUCUCCCACCUUUUCUCCCCGUCGAUCUCCCGUGGGCGUGGGUGGGCGAGAUUAAAUAUGGAGGGUGCGUGCGAGACCUUGCCGUGUGCGUGUGUGACUUGUGACAGGGGAAGAUCGAUGGCGCUGUGCUGUGUAGGAUUGGAGAGAGAGAUAGAGAUACGGAGAUUCGGAGAGAGAAAUUCGUUACGCCGUUUGCCCGGACACUGUAGCAGCCAGAGCGGUGCCGUCGCACACUGGCACUGACCUCGCCAAGGUCACUGCUGCGCGGGCCUGCCGUUGAGAUCCUGCGGUGGGCCUGUCCUGUCGGUGAGCUACCACGUCACGCGCGCGCAUGUGUGGGUUGCCAUGCGCGAAAACGAAUUUCGGCCACGAAAGGCGGCAAAGGGUAAAAAAGAGGCCACAGGUGAUCAAGUUCCGCUACAGGAAGAGUGGCAAGGAUGAUAGCAGCCAGGACCCCAUGACCCAACCCGCCAGCUCGCCCUUGAGCAGACAGAGCCUGUCCACGCCUGUCAUCGACACCUACCAUGCUGGAGGGUUCUACGAGAUCGACCACGGGAUGCUGCCUCCCAGAACACCAAUCCAUCUCAAGUCCAUACGCGUUGUACAGGUGAGUGAGUACACGAGCCUCGACGUCACCGUGAGCUUCCCGUCACUCCUGGCGCUCCGGAGCUUCUUCUCCACAUUCCCGGCGCCCAGCGCCGGGCCGGAACUUGACGAGCGCUUCGUCAUGAGCAGCAACCACGCCGCGCGCAUCCUUCGCCGCCGUGUGGCUGAGCAGGAGCUCCAGGGCGAGAUGCACCAGGACAGCUUCUGGCUUGUCAACCCCUGCCUCUUUGACUUCAGCGCGUCGUCCCACCCAGCAAAUCUACCUGAUGUGCUGUCGUCACCUGAAGCUCCACCGGCUCAGCCCAAGGUGCCUGUACCCAGCUGCCGCCUCCUCGAGACCUUGAAGUGUGAUGGCGCCGGGUGGGGCGUGCGGCGCCGCAUCAAGUACAUUGGCCGGCACCGCGAUGCUUCCAAGGAGGCCAGCAUCGGCGGCUACGAAACAGAGGCAACCGUCAGGGAGCAGCAGCGUCCGGCACAGCAGGAGGAUAAUAGGAGCUCUGUCUGCGGCAAGAGGAAGCGGGACGAGGCAGAGAGAAACAACGACAAGCCCAGCAGAGAGCGGAGGGCGAAAAAGAUGUACAAGAGUCCCAAGAAGCAGAAGAAGCGCCACGUUGAGUCUAAAGACGGCGACCCUCGGCGCGGCAAGGAGCGGUGGUCAGCCGAGCGGUACGCGGCUGCGGAGAGGAGCCUGCUCGAGAUCAUGCGCUCCAGCGGCGCCCGCCUCGGCACCCCGGUGAUGCGCCAAGCGCUGCGGGAUCAAGCCCGUAAGCGCAUCGGCGACACCGGUCUCCUCGACCACUUGCUUAAGCACAUGGCCGGAAGGGUACCGGAUGGCAGCACGGAACGGUUCCGCCGCCGGCACAACGCGGAUGGCGCCAUGGAGUACUGGCUGGAGCCAGCCGAUCUGGCCGAGGUGCGACGGGAGGCCGGCGUGUCUGAUCCCUACUGGGUGCCACCACCCGGGUGGAAGCCUGGGGAUGACGUGUCCCCGGUUGCGGGUGAUCUCCUGGUUAAGAGGCAGGUGGAGGAGCUCGCUGAGGAACUCAAUGAUGUUAAAAGGCACAUGGAACAGCUGAGUUCCAACAUGGUGGAAUUGGGCAAUGAAGCGAAAUCUGAGGCAGAACAAGCUUACAGUUCAUGGAAGGAGAAGUACCAGAAGGUGGUUAAGGCUAAUGAAAAGAUAGAGAAGCAGGUGUUUUCUUUGAAGGACACCUACGAGAAUGUGAUUCACAAAAACAGUAAGUUAAAGAAGGAGGUGCGGUCACUGAAGGAUAAGUAUGAGUUUGUAGUCGAAAAGAAUGACAAGCUGGAGGAGCAGAUGGCUUCUCUCUCUAGCUCAUUCCUCUCUUUGAAGGAACAAUUUUUGUUGUCAAGCAAUGGAGAUAAGCUGAAGAUGGCCAUAGACCAGGUGCAUGUGGCUCACAAUGAUGGCAAGCAGGCAAUAGCUAUUGGUGGUAAUAGUGGCCAGACCAGCCAGCAAGCAGAUGUCACCGUCAUCCAUGAUGGCGAGAAGAGGACGAUGAGGAAGAGCAGCUUCCGCAUCUGCAAGCCACAGGGCACGUUCCUGUGGCCAAGCAUGGGGUCAGGCACAGACAUCAGCGGGGGAGGCAGCAGCGGCAUCAGCAUCGCCACCAGCGGGUCGCUCCCCCGCAGCGGCAGUGGUAGCUGCCCCGGUAUCGGGCCGGGGCUCCCGCCGUCAUCCCGAGCCCCAGUUGAGGUGUUGAUCGAGUCGCCGCUGGACGAGCACGUGAUGGUCGGGGACUACUUCUCCACCCCACCCUCGGCGUCGUCCAGCAAUGCCACCAAGCUGCUGUCCCUGCCCAGCCCUAGGUCACCGCUCCAGCCACAGCCACUCUUCAGCACCUUGCACUCCUUCGCAGGCCUCACUUUGCGUCAUAUGGAUUCGCCGUCAUCGCUGCCGUCGCCCUGCGGUGCUAGUCUGCUGCAGAGGGGGAGGAUGGCCAUGCCCAACACGGAGGUUGGAGGGAUCAGUACCGUGGGCACUGAACUGGCCUUGGCCACUCCCUUCUACUGCUGAGCUCCUUCCCCUUCAUACCUGCCUAAUGGCGUUUCUCUUACGAUCGGUACGGUGAUGAUACGAUAAGAUAAAAAUUGCACAAACAAAACAUAGAGAGGAUAAGAUAAAGAAAAAAAUAGAUUAAGGAAAUUGAGAAAGAAAUUGCAUGAUCUUGGUUAUUGGUUACAGUUACACCUUGGUUUCUCUGGUAGCAGUUUGCACUUUUAUUGGUCAGUUUCAGUCGGUAUCAAGGAUGUAAUUGGUUGAUGACUUGCCAUACCUCAUGACUUCAGUGUGUCAGUUGCGUCGACUGCCCUUUUGUGACACAUAUUGUGUCCGUUUUGUGGGCUCUUUCUGUUGCACUGAUAUAUUCUCAGAUUCAACAAGUUGCAAAUCUGAUACAUGACAA